AUGGGCUCUCUCAGGUGUUCUCGAUGUAAGCAAACAUACUACUGUUCAGUAUUGUGUCAGAAGUAUGAUUGGCCUGCACAUAGGAAUGUAUGCAAUCCACUUAGCACCACCAACAGUAAACCAGAGAAGUGUCGCAAACUGCCAGAAGAGAAGACACCAAAUGAUCUAAAGGCUCAUGUUCCUAUAAACAGUACCAUAAAAAAUGCUUCUGAUGUUAAGGCUAGAGUUAGACUUUCUGACUUGAAGUACUUCGAGUUAAAGAGAGGACAGCAGGUCCAGGUUGGUGUCACAGAAAUUGAAAGCCCAGGAAAAAUUUUUGUUCAAGUUUGUACUCAAGAGAGCUUUGAAUUUCUUAGCAGUCUUGCUAUGGCCAAAAGAGGAGUUGCUGAAAAUACUUCAAGUGACCAGUAUAUUCCUGAGAUUGGGGAAAUUUGUGCUGCCAAAUAUUCAGAUUUUACAUGGCACAGAAUACUGAUAAAGAAUAUUGAUGUUGCACAUGGAACCGCCCAAGUUUUUUACAUAGAUUAUGGCAAUGACGAAGAAAUUACAUUGGAUAGAAUUAAAGCAUUAUUUGAAGAUAUGAAGCAAUUUCCGCCCUGUGCUGUUAAAUGCUUCAUUGGCAGUGUUGCUCCAGUCGAUCAGGCAUGGUCAGAAGCCUGUACCAUUUCCAUUCGGCAGCUGAUCUUGGGGAAAACUUGCAAAAUGAAUAUCCUAGCUGUUUACAACAAUGCAACGGAAUUUGCUGUAGAUUUUAUGCUUCCAGAUACUGGGGAAUCUCUAUCAAAAUACCUUGUAGAAAAAGGUUAUGCUUUAAAUAUCAUAGACAAAAAUAAGGCAGAGUGUAAUAGAAUCGAUGAUGGAAUGGAGAAAACAACACUGAACUCUAGUAUUAAGGGAAAAGUGUUCGGAAACCAGAACAAUGCUGACAAGUCUUCAGGUCGCAAACUGAUUUCUCUGUCUUUUGGGGAUGUAUUUUCUGCUGUUGUUGCUCAUGUACAGAGUCCUGAGUACUUUUUCUGCCAGAUGAUGGAAAAUGGAACUCAUCUUGCAGAGCUUCAAGCAGCUCUUGCUGAACACUGUACGAAAACCCCUUCAAAUCCUGAGUUUAGACCUGCUGUUGGAGCUCUCUGCUGCGCUAUGUUCACAGGAGACAAUCAGUGGUAUAGAGCUUCUGUUAUUAAAUAUGGCACCGAAGACCGUGUUACUGUGGGCUACGUUGAUUAUGGAAAUUUUGAAGUCCUUCACUACAGUCGCCUUCGCCCUUUGAUGGCAAAGUUUAUGGAACUGCCUUUGCAAGCUAUCACGUGUUCUUUAGCAGGUGUAAAAUCCACAUCUGAUACAUGGCUGCCUGAAGCGUCAUCUAUUUUGAAAAAAAUAGUUAAUAAUAAAGUUCUUGCUGCAAGGGUUAUAGACAAAAAACAAAAUCGAGUUGAACUGGAGCUGAUUGAUAAAUCUAGUGAUCCAUUUAUAGAUGUUGCCGAACAACUUGUGUUAGCAGGAUUUGCUAAGAAGGUGGACAAAGAGCAGUCCAUUGUCGAAGUGAGGGAUGGUUUGACUGGUUGGGAGCCUGUGCAUCCAGGAAAUAAAAUUACUACAGAAUGCAUUGAAUUAUCUGUUAAGCAGUCUUUAAAAGUUAUCGUUUGUUUCAUCAGCAGUCCUGGAGAUUUCUUUUGCCAGCGCUGUAAUACUGAAGAUCUGUUUGCUCUGAAUAAGCUUAAUAAAUCCCUGAAUGAUUACUGCGAGAAACAUCCACCUUCAAACACCUUCAAGUUAUUGUACGGGGAGCCAUGCUGUGCUUUCUUCAAAAGUGAUGGAAAUUGGUAUCGUGCUGUAGGGAAGCAGUGUUCAGUAAAAGUCACAAAGGUUCAGUUUGUGGAUUACGGAAAUGAAAUUGAGACAACAGUAGAGAAGCUGCGUCCCAUCCCCUCAGAGUUUCUUGAGCUUCCUUUCCAAGCCAUCCAUUGCUGUAUGGCAGGCAUUAAGCCAGUAAGCACAGAUUGGACUGCAGAAGCUACAGCCAGAUUUCAGGAACUUACGGUUGGUCUUGAGCUUCAAGCUUCAGUAAAGUCGGUCAGUAACAUGAAAGCAAGCGUUGAACUUAAAAGCAGUUCUUCUGGAAGCUUCACUGAUAUUUCUGAGCUUCUUGUUCAAGAACACCUAGCUGUCCGAGAUGACAAAAUCCUUGAUGUUCCUACUGUGGAAAAAUGCUCAGGUAUUCCAUCACCCUUACAGUGGAAGGCAGUUGAAUUACCCCUCAACAAACAUCUGACUAUUCAGAUACUGGAAGUUGCAAAUAAUGGUCUGUUUUAUGCCGCACAGACUGCUGUUAAAGCUGAUGGAGACAAGUUGCAUGCACUCAUGAAUGAAAUGGCUAAAUAUUUCUGGAGUCAAGGAGAGACGGCUUCAUGCAGACCAAAAUUGGGAGAGGCUUGCUGUGCCAGAUUUACAGGCGAUGAUAACUGGUACCGUGCUAUUGCAAUGGAAACAUUUGACACAAAGGUGAAAGUAGUGUAUGCUGAUUUUGGAAACAUUGAAACCAUUCCAUAUGCCAGGAUCCGGCCUAUAACAGCAGAGUUUCUGGAGUUUCCUUUCUCAGUAGUGAAAUGUACCCUCGCAGGGUUGAACUCUGUUUCUGGGAAAUGGCUUCCUGAAUCCAAGGAGUUGCUUCAAACACUGGUGCUGAAAGAAAAUGUUAAAGUCAUAGUAAGAGAGGUUAACAAUAAUAUUCAUUUUGUCAGUCUUGUAAAAAAUGGUAUCGAAGGUACUACGAAAAUGACAGACAACAUGGAAAUGGAAGGAACUAUUAAUUAUGACCACAGACAGAGUCCAGAUGAACCUCAUCAUGCAGGGUGCUGUUGCAAGGAGCUGAAGAAGCAAGUGGAUGAGCAUGAGAAAAUUCUUGCUUUUCUUUUGAGCAGACUUGAGUCCAGUAAGGAAUAGCAAAGUGUGAAGACUGAUUUGUGAAAGCGUGGGCAUGAGGAAUGACUAUCCAUUGCACUUAUUUAAAACUCGGAUUUAACCAUGCUGCCUUUUUUUUAAUUUUGACAAGUGCAGUAACAGAAUGAUGGACCUUUCUGAUUUCAAAAGACCUUUUCCUCAAGGGGGCGGAUGUUAUGGAGUACCUCUCUGUAGAAGAAAUCCAUUCCAUUCAUAAAGAUGCCGUUUCUAAUGGGUACAACAAAAUUACCCUGUUUUGCACUGAGAUCAGUUGAAAAUAAUGUGAUAGUAUUGUCUCAAAGACUGACCAGGUUAACUAGCAGUAUUGAUAAUUGUGUCUCAAAAGACUGACCCGGUUAAGUAGCAGUAUUGAUAAGUGAAACCAGCAUCCUCCAUCACAGCCUGUUCAGUUGUGCAGAGAGUCAGUUUCAUAAUUUAAUUACACAGAGAAACGGGCACUGAGCCUGAAUUCACCCAGUAUGUUUUCCAGUCUCUGCUUUGGUCAUUCUGUUAGCUUUGUAUUUAUGUUGAACAGUUUGUAAAACAAGAGGAGACGAAGAUAAACAGUGUGCAUCACUGAUCAGAGUUAAUUUUUCAGUGAUUGUAUUUUUUGCCCCAUUGCAUUCUUUUCCCACUUUUUUCCUAAACUUGGCUUGGGGCAUUAUUCUGCAUAAGUUCAUUUUCCUUUCAUUUAACAGUUGUCACAUUGUUAUAACUUCAGCAAAUCGUAGUUGUGCAUUCUGAGCCCUUGUCUGUAUUUAGCUAGCCUUGAUGCACUUUCCUCUCCAUGGAAUCCUGCGUGGAACCCAGUUGUAUUAAAAUGCAGGUAAUUAUUGUUACUGAAGUCCUGCAUAAUCCUAGUCCAGGGACUCCUAUGUUCGAGAGUGAGUGAGUAGUAGUUUUUUUUUUCCGUAUCCCAGGUUCGAUUUAAUUUUGUGUUUUCCCUUCUGAAAUCUUUCUUUUCUUAGCGCAAGUGUAAUCAGAGAUGGCAAUGUGUAAAUUUUGACUUAUUUAGUAGUUUGAUAAACUGAAGCAGUAGUGUGUAAUAGUAUUGUUAAACACUGUAAACUGAAGUAGUGUGUAAUAAUAUUGUUAAACACUGUAAACUGAAGCAGUAGUUUGUAAUAGUAUUGUUAAACACUGUAAACUGAAGCAGUAGUGUGUAAUAGUAUUGUUAAACACUGUAAACUGAAGCAG